AUGAGAGAAUUUCCCAACUGUGGCUGCAAGAGGAUAACAGGCCUCUUGCUCAAUUCAGGUCAUAGAAUUCUGCAAAAUCGCAUUAGGGAGUGUAUGAGAAGAGUCAAUCCCGAGGGAGUCCUCCUAAGAGUCCUUGAGCUGCGAACUGUUUGCCAGAGAAGAUAUCAAGUUAGUGGCUCUCUUGCUUUGUGGCAUAUCAACAGGAAUCAUAAGCUAAUAAGGUAAAUGUAUGAAACCUCGUUACAUGCCAGUAUAUCAAAUCAGCGUUUGCUGCAUCCUAUCGUAUUUUAUAUUUUUACUAAUCCAUGAUUCAUGCUGGAGGGCGUUGAACUUUUGGUGUAAAGCAGUUCAUACCUUGUGUACGGUGAUAACUGUACACAAGGUAUGAACACUAACAAAACUAACGAUAUCUAACAAUUUUGCAGUCGCAAAAACUUACCUGCACAUUUUUCCGCCAUUUGGUGGCUUAGAUACUUAUCCAAUUCCUAACACCAGACACAAUGACAAGGGUAUCGGGGGUGGGGUGGAGGAGUCAUCAGAGACCAGAAUACUUAAAGGUUUUGACUGUUUUUAAUUCUCAGAUGGCGAUUAGUAAUACAUGGUGAAAUUGAUGGCUUCUUGAGAAUGAUUGUUUUUUACAAUGCAGCGCAAGUAACCUGGCAAGUACUGUACUCAAUUGCUUUCUCUAAGCAGUUGGAAGUUUUUGUCUACCUUCAAGAGUACGGUCUGAUAAGGGUGGUGAGAAUGUUGCACGUUAUUUGGUUAUAUGCUGAGUCACCCGUUACAGAGACCUGA